AGAACGAAUGCGCUGGCAAAAGCAAUUACGGAUCCUGUGAUAAAAGCAGAUAGACAAAUAUAAAAAAGAAAGGAGCCACAUUGUGGAAAACCAGCUUUCAAGUAUCUUUCAAGAAAUUUUACCGGUUACCAACUCGGAUGAUAAGGAACAUGAGCCAUGUGAACGUCGAUCGGUUAAAAUAGUACCGAGUGAUGACAUGACAGAUAAUGAAGACGAGAUUCCGGUACGAAGCAGACGUAAUAAGUGGCGCAGAAUUCAAAUAAGUCCGUAUCUCUCCGAUAAUGACGAUAAUGACGAUAAUGACGACGAGUAACAAGAAAGAAGAUACGAACACAACAGUCACUCAAAAUACCUUGUCGUCGAAGAAUAAAACCACGGAGAACGAGGUACAGGAGGGGUUUCAAAAUACCAAUUUCCUAUUAAUUGACCAUCCAUAUUCGUCGCAGCCGUUUUGGAUCGAACAAUCUGCGAUAAAUGAUGACGAAAGUCCCAGUGUCUUUGCAGGCAAUAGCGCGAAUGAAGAACGGAGAACGAAUCAUGAGGAUAAAUCCUCAGAUGUCGAACCUGACAUAAAUGUUAUAGAGCUAUUUGAUGCCGAGUCGACGCUUGUAGAAGGGUCGCCAAAGAUUCCGGAGGAUGACAUUACGACAUACGAAAAUGAAACAGAUAUGCCUGAUACCGACGAUGAAAACGUAUCAAAUAAAGUGAAUCCUGCAAGUAUAAAUAAUACGUUAGAAAACAGUCACCUGAAGAUCCAUGGUGAUGAUGAAAUGAUUACUUCAAGAAACAAGCCGACGAUCGUUGAAACGAAAAUAUUACCGAAAGGCAGCUAUGUACUCGUGAAAGAGGAAAAAGAACAAAUUAAAUAUAAAAGAGAAGCUAGUAAUCGAAAGGUUGAGGAUGAUUACACUCCGGUAAAAAAAUCAGAUCGACGAAGAAUGAAGUUAGAGUUUAAAUAUGACUCCUCAUCGCCCAGCCCUGUGACGAAUCAAAACCUUUCUCCAGUAACACCUACUGCGAAUAAUAAUGAGCAGAACCCGACAAUGUAUUGUGAAGAAAAAACGGAACGUAUUGCCCCAAAGAAGAUGACUGCGGAUGAAAUUCUCAAGAAAGUUGACUAUUAUGUUAGCGAUCUGAGAUGUUUGAAACGACCGGCGAAAACACCAAGAAGUGUUACCGAAAAAUCGGUUGUUACUUCAACAAUAACAAAGACACGCUCGACAAAUGAUAUCGCAUCGAAGAUUUACGAUUUUCGCAAUGAUAUCGAUCCUUGCGAAGGCUCAUCGAAAAGUCUAGAAUUUGAUUCUCGAUGUAGCUCCAAAAAAAAACGUCAGAAAACACAUGAACUUAUUGCCACUAAGAAUGAAAAAGCAAUAAAAAAUAAAACUGGUAAAACUGGAUCUACACGUACAUCGUUCGAGACUGGUGAGGAGGAUGAUGAAAAUCUUUCUGCAAACGAGGAUAAAGAAAAAAAUCAGGAGUACUCAGCCGAUCGUAAAAGGGAGGGAAAAAUGAGGCGCACUGCUCAAAAGAUUGUUGAAACAACGGAAAAGUUUACGCGCGAUAUUGCAAGGCUCCAGAAACAACUGGAAGAAGAACAAUCCCGAGGAAAUUCGCUGCAGGCUUCUAUGGAACCAUCACGGGAUGGAAAUGUUGAACUCAUUCCUGGCAUCGUUAUACCUCAAUUGGUAAUUAUAAAGGCUUGUGGAGCACUCAAUAUGCGCCGAAGGUUGAACAUUCUCAUUGACGGCUAUUGGAGCAAGGAGGAGCAGAAAAACCUUGUACUAAUGGACAAUAAGAAAAAUGCGGGCACAGGACGAAAACAAAUCCCGCAAAAAACGGUCAAUGGUCUUAUAGAUUUAUGUUUUGCUCUGCAAAAAAAGAAGCGGAUUCCAACCGACGGCUUCACGACGCACGCCGAAGGGAGGAAAAUAAUGGCAGUAAAAUUAAAAUCGAACCGGUACAACAGUAAAAGGAUACUCGCAACAGCAGAAGUACUCAGACUAGCCAGAGAACGCCAAAGGACCGAGUCACAGGAUUCUCAGUCCGAAGAUGAUCCGCUACAUGAAUAAUCUUAGUUUAUUGUUGACCGAACAUAUUGUGAUUGUAAACCGCGAUUGCAUUUUGUUGUAAUGUGAUAAAAAAAAAAUACACAUGUGCCCUCCAA